AUGUCGUUCGCCGCCACGAUGAAGAACAUCGCUGCCAACACCAACAUGCCGGCGGGCAUGGCGGAGCUGGCCAAGAAGAUCCGCGGGGAAGGCAACGACUCCAAGUUCUUCACGACGAGCAAGAAGGGCGAGACCCAUGAGCUGCGCACGGAGCUCGCGGACCAGAGCCGCGACAAGAAGAAGGACGCGGUGAAGAAGGUCAUCGCCAACAUGACCGUCGGGAAGGACGUCUCGAUGCUCUUCACGGACGUCGUCAACUGCAUCCAGACGGCCGACACGCAGUUGAAGAAGCUCGUGUACCUCUACCUGAUCAACUACGCCAAGAGCAACCCGGACUUGACGAUCCUCGCCGUCAACACCUUUGUCAAAGAUGCGAACGACCCGAACCCGCUCCUGCGCGCGCUCUCGGUGCGGACCAUGGGCUGCAUCCGCGUCGACCGCAUCACGGAAUAUUUAUGCGAACCGCUGCGCAAGUGUUUGACCGACGAGGACCCGUACGUGCGCAAGACGGCCGCGAUCUGCGUCGCCAAGCUCUACGAUAUCAACCCGGAACUCGUCGACGAGCAGGGCUUUCUGGACAUGCUGCGUGAGCUCAUCUCUGAUUCGAACCCGACGGUCGUCGCCAACGCUGUCGCGGCCUUGUCUGAAAUCUCGGAGAACGGCGGCGCCCACCAGUUCAAGAUCACCAAGUCGGUGCUCCAGAAGCUCCUGGCGGCGCUCAACGAGUGCAACGAAUGGGCCAAGUCCGAAGGCAUCAUUGAGCGCGUCACGCCGCGCCUCCAGCAUGCCAACUCGGCCGUCGUGCUCUCGGCCGUCAAGGUCAUCAUGAAGUUCUUGGAGAAGGUGUCGAACGCAGACACGGAGCGCGCGCUCUCGCGCAAGAUGGCGCCGCCGCUCGUUACGUUGCUCUCGACCGAGCCCGAGAUCCAAUACGUCGCGCUGCGCAACAUCAACCUCAUCGUGCAGAAGCGGCCGACGAUCUUGUCGAACGAGAUCAAGGUCUUCUUCUGCAAGUACAACGACCCGAUUUACGUCAAGAUGGAGAAGCUCGAGAUCAUCAUCCGCCUCGUCUCGGACCGCAACAUUGAGCAGGUGCUUCUCGAGUUCAAGGAGUAUGCGACCGAGGUCGACGUGGACUUCGUGCGCCGGAGCGUGCGUGCGAUCGGGCGCUGUGCUAUCAAGCUCAACAACGCGGCCGAAAAGUGCAUCCAAGUGCUCCUCGAACUCAUCCAGACCAAGGUCAACUACAUUGUGCAAGAAGCGAUCGUCGUCAUCAAGGACAUCUUCCGCAAGUACCCGAACCAGUACGAAAGCAUCAUUGCGACGUUGUGCGAGAACCUCGACACGCUCGAUGAGCCCGAGGCGAAGGCCUCGAUGAUCUGGAUCAUUGGCGAGUACGCCGAGCGCAUUGACAACGCCGACGAACUCUUGCAGUCCUUCCUCGACUCGUUCGAGGACGAGACGGCGCAGGUCCAGCUCCAGCUCCUCACGUCCACGGUGAAGCUCUUCUUGAAGCGCCCGAACGAGACGCAGGCCAUGGUCCAAGCCGUUCUCAAGAAGGCGACGGAGGAGAGCGACAACCCGGAUCUGCGCGACCGUGGGUACGUGUACUGGCGCCUCCUCUCGGCCAACCCCGAGGCCGCCAAGGCUGUUGUGCUCUCGGAGAAGCCCGUGAUCAGCGACGACACGUUCACGCUCGAGCCGUCGAUCUUGGACGAGCUCAUUGGCAAGAUCUCGACGCUCGCGAGUGUGUACCACAAGCUCCCCAACACGUUUGUUGUGCGCACCAACAUUGCCGACAUCCAAAAGCAAAACGAAGAGGAGCGCGACACGGAAGGCGACGAGCGCUACGACGAUGGCGCCGAGACGUCCGAUGGUGGUGCGUCGUCCGGUGGUCCCGUCGACCUUCUCGACAUGGGCGGGCUCUCCGUCGGUGGUCAUGCCCCGGCUGCCGCGCCGCCUGCCGCGCCGCUCGACAUCUUUGGCAGCCCGACGCCGUCGUCGGCGGCGCCGCCAGCCAAGAAGAUGCUGCCAUUCACGAACGCGCAGUCGGGCAAGGGCCUCGUGCUCCGUGGGUGCUACAGCCGUCGGGCGGGUGCGUUCCACCUCGAUAUGGAGGUCGAGAACCAAAGCGCGGUUCCAAUCCCGAGCCUCGCGAUCCAAUUGAACAAGAGCACGUUUGGUGUCGUGCCGACGCAGCCGCAAGUGACGUUUCCGUCGCCGCUCGCGCCCGGCGCGUCGACGUCGUGCUCGAUCCCGAUGACGGUGAGCCCGCAGUUUGUGAACGCGACCGUCGCGCCCAACACGGCGGUCCAAGCCGCGCUCAAGAACAUGGGCUCCAACGACGUCAUUUACUUCACGACCGACCUCGACGUGAGCGCGAUCUGCACGGAAGCCGGCCUCGUCGAGAAGGGUGAGUUUAUCAACCUCUGGAAGAGCAUUCCGGAGGCCAACGAGACGUAUUUCACGCUCAACCUCGGCCGCGCGUCGGCGUCCGUCGACGGCCUCGCGGCUUCGCUCAAGCCGCGCAACAUCUUUUACGUCGCCAAGCGCGCGGUCGACGGCAAGGAGAUUGGGUACUUUUCGUUCAAGACCAUGACCAACGUCCUCGCGCUCCUCGAAGUGACGUUCGACGGCUCGAGCGCCGCCAAGGUGUGCGUCAAGGGCGAGCAGAUGGCGUUCAACGGUGUCUUCCAGAAGAUGAUCGAGGCCGUCGUCGCCUAA